AUGGCAUAUCGGCCACAAGUCAACGGGACUGCCGAAAGAAUGGUACAAACGGCGACCAGGUCGCUCAAGAUGUAUAUUCGCGAUCUGGAUCAGAGGGAUUGGGACGAGUAUGCCGAGCGACUUACCUUCGCGAUCAACACGGCUCACGAUCGGAUCCGAGGAGAUACCCCUCACUAUUUGGUGCAUGUGUGGGAUCCGACAUCGACGUUGGAAGCCACACUGCCAAUCCAACGGUAUUAUCAGCAGGCCCGAGAACAAGUCAACGCUAGAUUGAAGGAGGCCAUUGCAGAUCAGGCCGGCCGACACAACGAGGAUGUCGGAUCGCACCAGAUCGAUGCCGGAUCUCGUAUCUUGUUAUACCUAGAUCGGGUGAAGGAAGUAUACGCGCGGAAAUUGGCUCACCUGUGGCAUGGGCCGUUCCGAGUUGCCGAAAAGAUCACCGAAUUCAGCGUCAAGCUCGAGAUCGCAGGUACCGGGUACCAGAUCUUCCCAGUAGUGCACUUGUCGAAGCUGAAAUUGGUCAAGGAUUUUCCGGAUCGGCCGCGAGUAGAACUCACGGUGGAUGAAGCGGAUCGUCUCGAUUUCGAUGAGAUCCUGCUUCCGGAGGACAGCUCGGUCCCAGACCUCGGGGCCGGAUCUCGGGUAUGCGGAGUGGGAAGAACACGCGAUUUGGUCGGAUCUACCGAGAAUUCCUGGUGCAUUGGGAAGGAUAUGACGAGCCGAUCUGGAUCGCCGAAGCCGAUCUCAACUGUGGGGCAAUAUUGA